AUGGAUUGCCUCCGGUCGCAUCUCCCGCCAUCCCUGCAAUCCCUCGUGGACUCCUGCGAUUCCUCCUAUGCCGAAUAUGCCCCAAUCGCUGCAGUCGCCUUGACCUCCCUACUCGCCGUCUACGUGGGGUUGCUCUACAUUCGAAGCCAACGCGAAGCUGCUGUGCCCUUUAACGUGCCUCUGCCAAAGGAAGUGCGCGAAUCAUCCUCAGGAAUCAAGUGGGAGGAUGUUAAGGGUCGGGAGAAGCAGAUAUUGGAGGACCAGGUCCGAGGAAAAUGGGAUGAGAACUUGAUCAUGAGCUACUGCCCAGCUGACGGCCGAGUCCUCGGCAAUGGCAUCAAGCCCGCAACAAUCGCCGACGUCGACGCCGCCACGACAUCGUCACAGCCUGCUGUCUCAGACUCAGGCAAGACCAAAGUCGACGCCUGCUUUGGCGAGAUCCUCGUCACAGCCGAGAAGCUCAAAUGGACCCUCGACCACGGCGAAAAAGCCCUCCUCCCCUCGCGCCGCCCAACAAACUUCCUCAUGAUGUACAAAAAGAACUGCGUCAUCUACGAACCCCUCGGCGUCGUUGCUGCAGCCGUCUCCUGGAACUACCCCUUCCACAACUUCAUCGGCCCCGUCAUCAGCGCCCUCUUCACCGGCAACGCCAUCAUCGUCAAACCCUCCGAACAAACUGCCUGGUCCUCAUCAUACUUCCUAGACAUCGCCCGCGGCGCCCUCCUAGCCUGCGGCCACUCACCCUCCCUCGUCCAAACAACAAUCUGCCUCCCAAAAGUCGCAGACCACCUAACAUCCCACCCCCAAAUCGCCCACCUAACCUUCAUCGGCUCCCGCCCCGUCGCCCACAAAGUCUGCGCCUCAGCCUCCAAAUCCUUAACCCCUGUCUGCGUCGAACUAGGUGGCAAAGACCCCGCAAUCGUCCUCGACGACCCAAAAACCCUCCGCAACCUACCAGCCAUAUCCUCAAUCCUAAUGCGCGGCGUAUUCCAAUCCGCCGGCCAAAACUGCGUAGGCGCAGAGCGCAUCAUCGCCCUGCCCUCCUCCUACGAAUCCCUGAUCGCACUCGUCGAACCGCGCAUCAAGAAUCUCCGCCUCGGCUCAAUAACACUGGACAGCGACCCGACCCCAUGCCCGGACCUCGGCGCCAUGAUUUCCCCCGCCUCCUUCGACACACUGGAAUCUCUCAUCGCCGAAGCCGUGGCGCAGGGAGCCCGCCUCCUCGCCGGCGGAAAACGAUACGAGCACCCCGUUCAUGGACGCGGGCAUUACUUCGCGCCUACACUGCUGGUAGAUGUCACGCGUGACAUGCGAAUCGCACAGGAAGAGCUCUUCGCCCCUGUAUUCCUCGUCAUGCGCGCCGAGUCUGUCAGUGACGCGAUUGCGCUGGCGAAUUCGACCAUCUACGCCCUUGGCGCGAGUGUGUUUGGAUACCGGGCCGAGGAAAUUCGGGCCGUUGUGCGUGGUGUCGAGGCGGGGAUGGUCUCUGUGAAUGAUUUUGGCGCGUAUUAUGCUGUGCAGUUGCCCUUUGGUGGAGUGAGGGGAUCUGGGUAUGGUCGGUUUGCGGGUGAGGAGGGGUUGAGGGGUCUUUGUAAUUUGAAGGCUGUUUGUGUGGAUCGGUUCCCGGGGUUGGUUGGAACGGCUAUUCCGCCGCGGCUGGAUUAUCCUAUUCAGAAGGUUGGUGGUGGUGCUGGGGCCCGGGAUGGGGGGAAGGCGUGGGAGAUGUGCAAGGGGGUUGUUGAGACGGGGUAUCAGAUUACUGUUGUUGGUUGGGGGAGGGGGUUGGUUCGGUUGUUGGGGAAUAUGUAG